AUGUGGGGGUAUCGAGUGGUCAUACCCGAAGCGUGCCGGGAUAAGGUGUUAGAAAUAAUACAUGAGCCACACAUGGGUAUCGUCAAGUCGAAGGCUCUGGCUCGCUCAUAUGUGUGGUGGGCCGGCAUCGACGAGGCCGUGGAGGGGGCCUGCCGCGCGUGCAGCGCGUGCGCCGCCACCGCCGCCGCGCCGCCGCAGCACGCGCCGCGCCCGUGGCCGUGGCCGCGCCGGCCGUGGUCUCGCAUUCACCUAGACUUUAUGGGGCCUAUACUGGGAAAAACUUACUUGGUGGUCAUAGAUGCGAUGUCCAAAUGGAUCGAAGUGUUCCAAGUUCCCAGCACUUCAGCUAGUUCCACAAUAGAUAGGGAAGCAUUGCGAGACCUGCCUCAAGGUCUCACCAUGAAGAGGCACGUGCGAGCCAAGCUUUCCGCGUCUGUCAGCCUGAGAUCCAAAAGGCGGCCCAUAUCCAUGACCAAGAGGCUCAAGUAUAGGAUGGGGUUUGCUGUCAAAAGGUUCCGCGAGCGUCUGCGCGACUUCACAUUCAGCAUCGAGCUGUGGUACGAAGCGAUCAGAAACAUCGAGGGUCACUUCGGCUCGGCCGUGGGCUCGUACUUCUACUUCCUGCGCUGGCUGUUCGUGCUGGACGUCUUACUGGCUGUCUUCGUGGUCUCCUUCGUGGUGGUGCCUCAGGCCCUGUAUGAUAGUGGAGCUAAUAGUACAGGAGUCCAAUGGAGCUUCUUGGACUUCAUUUCUGGGAAGGGAAGUUUCGAGGACUCGCUCCUGUUCUACGGGCACUACCACUCCGGAGACAUAUCAGCAGGCUCGCCGCUGACCUACAGCAUGCCCUUCGCCUACUUCUUCACCAUGGUCUGUCUUUACCUGGUGGUCUUCGCUGUGCUGUGCUACAGGACGGCGUAUUCUUACCGGCGCAAUUUCAUCGAGACGGCGGGCGGUGUGCCGCACGCGCUGGCCAACAAACUGUUCUGUGGUUGGGACUUCGGCGUCGUCACGCGCCAGGCCGCCGCGCUUAAUGCUACAAGCAUCUACAACGAGCUCAAGGAACUCCUCAGCGAACAAAACAAAAACAAAGAAUCGGCUUCGCUCUGCACUCGCAUCGGGCGGAACCUGGCGAAUGUGAUCGUAACGACCGUCGUGAUAGGGUCUAUAAUCGCUCUGGAGUAUGGGCUGUGGAUGUUGUUGAGCGCUGAGGUUAAAAUUCAGAAUUGGGAAGUGAUUAUAUCCGUGAUCAUCACCGCUGCUGUCGCUUUGUGUCCGCUACUCUUUAAUCUGAUUGUAAGGCUAGAGUUCUACGAACCACGUACAGCUGUGUACGUGACGCUGGCUCGCACGUGGCUACUGGAUGUUGGCACCCUGAUGCUGCUGCUUGGAUAUUGGUCACGCUCGGACGCGCCCUGCUGGGAGACGACGUUCGGGCAGGAGGUGUACCGGCUGGUGUUGCUAGAUGCGAUCGUGUCGCUGUUUGUACUGCCCGUUGUAGAAGGCCUGAGAGCUUUGUUUUAUCAUAAGUUCAACCCUAACGGCAAGGCGCCAGAGUUCAACAUCGCUUACAACUCGCUGACGGUGAUCUACAACCAGGCAGCGCUGUGGUUCGGCGCUUUAUUCGCACCUCUACUGGUGGUUGCGGUGGCGCUGAAGCUGCUUUGUUUAUUCUACGUCAAGCGUAUUUGUGCGCUGCGAGCCUGCCAGCCGGCUAGAAAGGUAUGGCGCGCGGCGCAAACGCAGACAGUUUUCUACAUGCUGGUCACCCUUUCGCUGUUUACCACUCUUUUCGGCAUCGGCUCCUUAUUCUUCUGGAAAUCCUCCCAAGAAUGCGGGCCAUUCCGUUCGUACGCGUUUGUCUAUGAAGUGGUCAGUGAAGGCGUGCUACGGCUGUCUGAGCGACCUACUACGAGGCGCGUGCUUGCAUUUAUUACGCGUCCCGGCGCUGUAGCGUUCCUUAUGCUGGCUCUGUGUGUGUGCGUGUAUUACGUGCGAGCGCGCGCGCGAGCGCAGCGAUCCAUGGUGCGUCUGCUGCGCCAGAUGCUGGUGCUACAAGCUAAAGACAAGGAGUUCCUGCUGCACGCCAUCACCAAGGUGUCUAAUGGAGAAUGGCUCUACAGUCCGAAGAGUCCAACCGAGGGUCCAGACAGUCACACGUGGAAGUACCUGAACGAAGUCCGCAAGCCUUCCAACGCGGGUUACCAGCUGGAUGCGUCCCGAUUGUCGCACUCUUUCCCGGAUAGGCCGCGCUCGCAGGCGCCGAGGGAUGAUGGAGACACCGAUAGUUCCUUUAGUUGGCAGGGCUCAAGCAACUGCUUGCACCAAGGCGAAGCCGCUGGGAACAAGUGGCUGUAAUCCUUAUGAUUCUAAGUAAUUCUAACUAAAGCCUGGUCCGUGAGCACGUAGAAUCCCGUCCAAUGACCCCAAGUUACCCAUCCUUAUCGCUCGCG